UUUAACUAGUGCCGAAAGUCGAAAUACAUAAUUUAGUGAUGAAAAGUGAAACUCAACUUAAAAAGAAACUAUUAUUCAUCAGACAUACAUUUAUGGCAAGUUUUCUUCUAUAAUGAUGAACUACCUACUUUAAUUUUAUAAAUUCUUCAUUCAUCAGACUGGUAUAUCUUAAAUUUGGAGAUUUAUGAAAUAAAAGAAAGAAAUAAGACACAAAAUACAGAGAACAGUUUCAGUUAUCGAAAAAUAUAAGGAGGACGAUUUGUUGGCAUCAUGUAUUCACCAAGACAGAAAAUUAUUUGGUUUGCAUUUUUCUCAAGAAUAUUUGUUUUGCUGCUGCAAUGUAUAGCAAACCUUGUGAUCCCUGACCACCAAGCGAAUGUAUUCAUUAGUCCAGAAGAUCCUUCACUUCGGAAAACUAAUGCGGAUUUCAUCAUUGACAAACUAUUGGGUGGCCUUAAAAGGUGGGAUUCCCAAUACUUCAUUCAUAUAGCUCAGUAUGGAUACACAUACGAGAACUGUUUAGCCUUUUAUCCCCUAUUUCCAUUAAUAGUGAGAUAUGUUGCAUUUGUCUUAAAUAGCAUUUUAGGUACCAUUUUUAACUUUCACAGCAUUUUGUUAAUAUCUGCAAGUUUGGUUAAUUUAGUUGUAUUCAUUAAAUCUGCAGAUAUGCUGCACAAACUCAGUCUGAGAAUUCUAAGAAGUGAAUGUAAAGCAUACAAGUCUGUAAUAUUGUACUGUGUGAAUCCAGCGAGCAUAUUUUUCACAGCUCCAUAUUCCGAAAGUUUGUUGGCUCUUAUGUCUUUCUAUACAAUGUUUAAAUGUACAGAAAAUGAAACACUUAGAUUUGGGAGUAUUGACAUAUUGAGCGCCUUUCCCGCUGGAUUCUCCAUGAUUAGCAGAUCCAAUGGCUGUGUUAAUUUAGGUUUUAUACUUUACACUAGUUUUAAGAAUGUCGUUGAGAAAACAUUCCCUGAGAUUGUCUACAAAUAUAAGACAUUGAAGCAUAGAAUUAUUUUGCCAAUUUUGUUGCUGCCAUUGAUAACAUCUUGUGUGGCAUUAUCUGUGACUGUGAUAAUAGCCGUGAUGCCAUUUUUACUCGUGCAAACUUACAACUACUUUAAGUUCUGUAUUCAUAAUGAUCACAAUUUACCAGAGUUCCUUAUGAAUACGGAAUUUGUUUUGCCUGGAGUAGCAGAGAGUCCAUGGUGCAACACCUCUGUACCAUUUUCAUAUUCCUAUGUUCAGAGUCAUUAUUGGGAUGUAGGAUUUCUAAAAUACUAUAGAAUAAAACAGAUUCCCAAUUUCGCCUUAGCAUCACCUAUUUUAUUUCUUAUUUUAUUUCACUGUCUAUGCUAUGUAAAAAAUAAUUUAAAAUUAUGUUUAAGGUUCGGCAUAAGAGAAAAUAUAUUGAAUUAUGGCUAUAAUAAUAGGAAUAUUUAUAGGCAAAGACAUUAUUCUAAAGGGUUUGGGGCCAAUGAUCCUAUGAUGUUUGUGUAUGUGGUGCAUGCUAUUUUUUUGUCAACAUUUUGUAUACUUUUUGUGCACAUACAAGUUUCCACAAGGCUUUUAGCAUCGUCCAGUCCUAUAUUGUACUGGAUUUGCUCAAGUAAAAUGAAUGUGGGGCCCACACCAACCUCUGACCAGAACACGAUCAACGAACAUUUCCGUCGCAUUGGGAUAGGUAAAAGAAUACCAUCCCAUCAUCUGUCAAUUGCUAAUUUAGAGGGAGUAGACAAUAUGUACAGCAAGUGGAACACUUUCAUCAUAUCACGAAGAAUGCCAGACUUUCAAUCUCGCUUGAUUCAGUGUUACUUUCUAGGGUACCUCAUGAUUGGUACAGUUUUAUUUUCAAAUUUUUAUCCAUGGACAUAGUUAUGCUUUCAUGGCGUGCUACAUAUCAUUACAAUUAACUCAUUCAAGUCCAAAACUGAUCACUAGGUGUAGAAUAUUUAAAGCAUAUCACUACAUAAAUCAUACUUUGAAUUGUGUUCAUUCUGUGUGUGAAUGCUGAAAGUUGGCAUGCGUUAUUAGAUAGUGAUUUAUCUAAGUACAAAUAUUACGAAAAUGUAAUGCCAAGAUAAGAAAACUAAUAAUAUAAUUGACAAUACUGUUUUUGAAACUAAUCAUUAUA